AGUUUCCUUCCCGGCCGCCAGGUGUCCGCAGCGCAGGGACUUCUUCUGUACGUGAGGUACAGAAGAAGUCCCGUGUCCUUCACAACAGCAAACAUGGCGACUGCGACCAAAAUUAUUCAGAGGCUGCGAAAUGCCUUAUCGGGGCACAACCUACAAGCGAAGCUGCAGCUGCGGUACGGGGAGAUUGCAAAGAGGACACAACCUCCACCCAAGCUGCCAGUAGGUCCGAGCCACAAAUUCGCUAACAACUACUACUGCAGCAGAGACGGACGCAGGGAUUCGGUACCGGCCACAGUUGUCAUGUCUUCUCAAAAGGCCCUCACCGCUGGCAGCCAAGUUGCUCAAGCCCCAAAGCCUCCAGUGACUCCAGGUGCUGUGUAUAAGGAGCCACUUCUGUCCACAGACCAGCCGUACCUGUGAGCUGCAGGAUAAAAUCACUCGGCAUCAGCAACCUCAUUUCUCCACCCAGAACUUGUGAAGCAGCGUGGCCUUAGCAAGUGUUGGUUGUAUCCUGUAUAAUAGCAAAUGUUAAUAAAAUGUGUGAUAUGUUAAUGA